AGAAGAGAUCGGAGGCGGAGAUGGACGACCUCGUCUUCGCUUUCAUCUUCUUCUUUCCUCGUACGUGUUUUCAUCGAUAUAUAAAAAUUCGCUGCACGUAUCGCGAAACGUUUGCCCGAUCUUCCCCGUCUCGUCUCGUAUUCCCUGGCCGUAUCUGUAUUUAUUUUAUGAGACGACGCGGUUUACGAGCUAAUCCACGAAGAACGCGACAAGCGCGAUAGGAGAUGCGUUUCGCGUUUACCUUUGCCGAUUGGUCGAUCGGUUCGCGGAAUGCUUGUAAAUUGCAGGUGUGAUUCACCUCGCCAAGGUUGAGAGAAGUCAGAGAGAAGAGAGAGGUGCCCCAUCGCGGUAACCGGUUGCCCCGAAAACAAACUUCGAUAACGCUCGUAACCUCUGCACCCACCGCGCCGCCGGGGUGCUGGUUAUCGCGAUCAGUACGCCUUUGUUUAGCCAAGAGGAAAAGUCUAUCAUGUUGCGGGGGAAGCCCAGAGUCGCGAACAGAUCAAUAAAGAUUCGCAGGGAAUUCCCGUCAGAUCAAAGGUUGCGAAACUUACGUUAUGAUAAACAAAUGGUAACAAUACAGAACGACAAACGGGAGAUAGGAAACUGCAAAUCGUCCUGACGACGAUACAGAGAGGCGCGAUAAAAUGUUUCGAGAAUAGGAGCUCUCGUGCCUCUCGUGCAUAGGUAGCCUUCCCAUCUUCAGGUAUUCCUCAACCGCUUCUCGAGCCUACGGCUCCUUCUUCCCGACGAUUCAGACCGGUUGCUUCGACGUUGUUUCGUUUUGGCGACGAUCGCAACAUUCUCGCACCACUGCUCAUUCAUGAAUGAUAAAGAAAGACGCAAAGCAGUCGGGGAGACUGGUUAUCGCCUAACCCAGGGAUAGCAGGCGGGGGCGCGGCAGAAGAGGAUCUCACCUUGACGGCCUCGAGAUCUUUUGCGCGCAUCUGCAACUUAUUCCACGCUCGCUUUGGCCCGCGCUUGUUUUCACUCUUCUACGGUGACGAUGCAGCUGUCCCUGUAAUUAGCAUAGCCCUCCUUUCUGCGUCGUUCGACUCGCGUCUGCCCCCUUCGAAGAUCGAGGAAGCGGAUGCCCCGGGAAAUCGAUCACGGUGCAAAUUUCCCUUUCCACGAGCGGACGCGUUGGCACGUCGCGACCGAUUUUCGGGUUACGCCCCAAGUGUGCCAGCGGAUCGUAGGAGGCUCGAGGAACGUUGACACCGUUAUCCUAUGCUCGCCGGAUGCAUAACAAUCGCACGAUGCGACGCCUUUCUUUCGAUUCGGUUCGGUUCGAUUCGACGAUCGAGGGAACGCGCGGAGAGCUUGCGAAUCGACGAACAACGGGUGAAAACGAAGCUCGAAUAUAGAGGCGAAAGACCGUUAGCCGUUUAAUAUGCGGUGGCUGCGUUCGUUUCGAGGGGAAGGCAGAAGUUUCGACUUUGCUUCGUUCGAAUCGUCGCGUCGAGCCUCACUCGAAAACGUCGCGACUCGAAGAUAGUUGAAUCGAACGGCGUUGGUUCGAAACGAAAGAUCAAUUUCGAGGGAAGAAAAAUGAUCGAGACGAGAAGAAAUAAGUGGCGAGUGAUGUUGGCGUUCGGAUUGUUGUUGAUGGUCGUCGGUGUGGUAAACGGUCGCGAAUCCGCCGGCACCGAGUCGUCGGCGUCGUCGACGACGCUUGCUACGAGCAGCGUCGAAGAGGAUAAAGCGGAAGCUAGAUGGGUAGAGGACGAUUCAGUGGCGGCUAAGCCAGGAAGGAGUGUCGGACGGAAAGAUUCGAAGGACAGCUAUCUGGAGGCGCUGAGACACUCUCGCACCAGCACGGAUCCUCGCGAGGGAAUCGUAGCGGUGGAUGGAACCGGUAGCGGAUCGCUUCAGCGGCGGAAAGAGUACGUGCAAGGACCGGUGUACGCGCCGAAGCGUUCGGAAGCUAACUCGCGAAUCGUGCAGCAUAGCCCGGUCGAUCGCGACUCGUUCUCCAUGGUCCCGAGCGAUUCGUACACUCUGCCAAGUCGAACGGCCGUCGACUUUGCGGGAGUUCGAAACUCUUAUGGACCGCCGCAAACGCCCCGUCCUGCUUAUGGUCCAGCUUUCAACGAAUACUACUCGUCAGAAUACGCCGGAAACGCUUACUUGCCACCACAGCAAGGUGAGGGAAGAGCUUACGGACCACCGAGCUCCAGCUACGGUCCCCCUUCGGGUCCCUCCUACGGCUACGGAAACGGGCACGCAACGUCCGAAACACAGCUCACCUUACCGUCCAUCGAUUUUUCGUGGCCGUUCGCGCUGAAACUAAACGCCUUCACUUUGGCCAAGAUUCUCCUGAAGCUGGUGAUCUUCAAGAUGAUCGUGAAAUUCAUCGCCAUCAUAUGCCUGCUGCUGUUUAUCCCUAAGCUCGAGAUCAAGAAGGGUAACAAAGGGAGCUCGAACGACGACGAAGAGGAGGAGGGACGCGGUAUCGUCGACGCGAAUUCGAGCAUUUGGGAGCGUUUGAACCGUUUGACGGUGGUGGUGAACGAGGCGGUCGAGCAAUAUCGAGCCUCGAACGAGGACUGUUCCAGUUUUGGGUGCCGGGAUGGACGAGGCACGACGAGUAACGACCGGAUUUGGCCGGAUUACGAACAGUUGUUGACCAGUUACAUCCUGGAGGAAACGCGUUCCCUCCGAACGAACACUUAGCGUUUAUCCAUUCGACCCCUCGCGUAUUUAUGCGUCAUUUAUUUAUUACUUAUUUAUUUAAACUUCGCUACGCGCUCGUCGAUUGUUCCUUCGAAUGCAAAUAAAUCGAUGUCAGGCGCGUGUCGCAGAUUCUCUGA